AUGUCUGGUCAUGAUGUCGAGAAAAUUCAAGAGCUUCAGUUAUUCACAACACCGCAAUCGCAAACCCAAACACAAAAUAUUAAUACCACCAUAGACAACAACAACCCUGAAUCACCUUCCACUGUUGUCCGCCGCCCCCGAGGUCGUCCAGUUGGCUCUAAGAAUAAGCCCAAGACGCCUAUCAUAGUUACAUGUGAAAACCCUAAUGCCCUAUGUCCUCAUGUGCUUGAGAUCACUGAUGGAGCUGACGUGUUAAAAAGUCUCUUUGAUUACGCUCGCCGUCAACUGAGGGGGGUCUCCGUCCUCAAUGGAAAUGGAGUGGUGACGCAUGCUAGGCUUCGUCAACCCACGGGAAGAGUCAUAACCCUUCAAGGAAAUUUUGAGAUUCUUUCCAUAUCUGGGACAAUUUUUCCGCCCCAACACCUGAGAUGGUUGGAGGAUUAA